AAAACUAAUACUGUAAAUUAAGUCCUCCCUAACUUCGAUACUCCCCGCUGAAGACAUGGAUGAAACUUCAGUGCAGCGCGGUGCCACCGCCACGGCAGAAGGACUCAGAUCCAACUCCGGCGGAUGGAGAUCUGCAUUCUUCAUCAUAGGCGUGGAAGUUGCGGAGAGGUUCGCCUACUUUGGCAUCAGCUCCAACCUCAUCAGCUACUUAACAGGGCCGCUCCGCCAGUCCACGGUGACCGCCGCCGAGAAUGUGAACGUUUGGGGGGGGACUGCCACUCUCCUCCCACUACUCGGCGCCGUUGUUGCUGAUUCCUUCCUCGGCCGCUACCGUACAAUCAUCAUUGCUUCUCUGAUCUACAUCCUGGGAUUGUGCUUGUUAACCUUAACGGCGACCCUUCCUUCGUUCAAGAUUUCCCCAUGCGAAAACAGCGGGAAACCUGCGUCCUGUUCUCCUCCUCGUCUCCAAGUACUCUGUUUCUUCUUCUCUCUGUAUUUGGUCGCAGUCGGGCAAGCAGGUCACAAGCCUUGCGUUCAGGCGUUCGGCGCAGACCAAUUUGACGGGGAAGAGCCGGAGGAAAGUAAGGCCAAGAGCUCUUUCUUCAAUUGGUGGUACUUCGGGACGUAUGUGGGUAUUUUCGUGACACUCUUGAUCAUUGUAUAUGUCCAAGAUAAUUUGAGUUGGGGCCUGGGGUUCGGAAUCCCCUGUGUUGUGAUGGUCUUUGCCCUGGGGAUUUUCUUGCUCGGAACUCAAACUUACAGGUUCAGUGUCAAAAAGAACGAGAAGAGUCCGUUACGCAGAAUCUACCGUGUGUUUGUUGCAGCAGCUAGAAAUUGGAGAGCUUCUUCCCCAACAAUGGCAAAUGAAGAUGGGCAUGGGAAUCUCCAUUUGGAAAAUAGCAAGCAGUUCAAGUUCCUAAACAAAGCAUUGCUGAUUCCAAAUGGAUCAAACGAAAAUUACAGAGAAUGCAGCGUGGAGGAAGUGGAAGAAGCAAAGGCAGCACUUAGGCUAAUCCCAAUAUGGGCAACAAGCUUAGUCUACGCCAUUGUCUUCGCACAAUCUGGAACCUUCUUCACCAAACAGGGAGCCACCAUGGACAGAUCAAUCCUCACCUUCAAAAUCCCCGCUGCUACCCUGCAAGCCGUUAUCAGCCUCACCAUCAUCCUCUUCAUCCCCGUCUACGACCGCGUCCUUGUUCCGGCAGCCAGAUUAUACACAUCCAAACCCUCUGGAAUCUCAAUGCUCCAGAGAAUUGGAACUGGGAUGUUACUAUCUGCCCUGUCCAUGACAAUCGCCGCCCUGGUUGAGAAACAGAGGCUGAAAACAGCUAAGGAACACGGACUAAUUGAUCACCACAGCGCAGAGGUUCCAAUGAGCGUGUGGUGGUUGCUCCCUCAGUAUGUGUUGUUUGGGGUAUCGGACGCCUUCAGCAUGGUUGGUCUGCAAGAGUUUUUCUACGACCAGGUACCGAAUGAUCUGAGGAGUGUGGGUCUUUCGCUAUACCUGAGUAUAUUCGGAGUGGGUAACUUGCUCAGCGGUUUGAUCAUCUCUGUUAUAGACAGAGCCACCAGCGGCAACGGCGGAGAUAGCUGGUUUGCUAAUGAUAUCAAUCGGGCACAUCUUGAUUAUUUCUACUCGGUGUUGGCUGGAUUCAAUGCCGUAGGACUAUGUGGCUUCAUUUGUUUUGCCAAGUAUUAUGUUUAUUAUAAGAGAAGUGUGAUUUAAAUGUGGUGAUGGACUUUUCAAUGUACUAGUGCCAACAAGAAGAGUUGAUGUAUCGGUUUGCUAUGAGAACACAAGUUAUUUGUCUCUAAAAUAUAAUGAGACAGGUUAAAUAAUUAAUUAAAAUUUUAUAGGCAAUGGGGAAGGAAGAGGGAGAAUAGGAUUAAAGUUUAAACCUUGAC